UCUCCUCUUCCACUUUACCGCCUAUGGCCCCUGGUUUUUCCGCACUCUUUUCAACUCCCAUCCACCGUUAUCCUCUCACUUCUCCUUCAUCUUCUGCCCUAUUUAUUCCCCUCUAUCCUCUCCCAGAUCCCCCUUAUUUGCUGCCCUCCCAAUUACGAUUUUUUCAGGGUAGAUUUUAAUUUGAUUUGAUUAUAUGAUGGGAGUUAAAUCGGCGGGUUUUGCUAGAAGAUCGGAUGAAUCUGAGCACCAUGUUGAUAAGGCGAUUAAGAAGAGGAGAUGUCGGAGGAGGGUUACGAUUCAAUUGAAGCGCCCCGAAAAUGUGCCGCUGGUUUCCAAUACUCUGCAGCAGCUCUUUGAGUCUUGCAGCAGAGCUUUCAAGGGUCCCGGGACUGUUCCUUCUGCUUCUGAUGUUCAAAAUUUGUGUCGCAUCCUUGAUGGGAUGAAACCCGAGGAUGUAGGGCUUAGCAAAGAUCUACACUUCUUUAAACCCAAGACCGAGAUUGAUCGGGCUCCACGAGUAACCUCAGCAACCAUCUACAAAUGUGACAAAUUCGAGUUGUGCAUAUUCUUCCUCCCGGAAACUGCAGUCAUACCUCUUCACAACCAUCCUGAAAUGACUGUUUUCAACAAGCUCCUCUUGGGGUCAAUGCACAUUAAAGCGUAUGAUUGGGUUGAUCCCCUUAGUUCUGAUUGCUCGAUAUCACCUACUAAAUUUCUAGAUGUGGAUGGAAGUUCUGUGCGAUUGGCAAAGCUAAAAGCCAACACAACGUUCACAGCCCCAUGUGACAGUUCGGUAUUAUAUCCAACUUCAGGAGGAAAUAUCCAUGAAUUUACUGCAAUAACACCAUGUGCCGUACUUGAUGUAAUCGGACCUCCAUAUUCUAAAGAUGAUGGUCGUGAUUGCACACAUUACCAAGAAGUUCAUGCGUUACUGGAGAGUGAAGAAAUUAGGAAGGUUAGAGAAGGUGGGUAUGGUUGGCUAAAGGAAACUGAAAUCCCUGAGGAGUCGGAGAUGGACGGAAUCAAGUAUAUGGGUCCACAGAUUAACAAUCCUUAUAGUAGCUAAACACAUUUCUUCUUCUCCUUUUUAACUUUUUUUGGAACUGUCUUGAGCUCCUGCUCAUCCACGCAGAGCAUGUUUUGUUUCUUUUUGUAUAUACACAUAUCCCCUUUGUAUUGUAGAUCAGGGAAAAGAGAAGCUAAGCCACUUUUACAGUCUCCCUGCGCAACUAAGGAGGAAGGCUUGUUUUUUCA